UUGCCUUUGGUCACACUAAGUUGGGCGUACAUAAGACAAAUUGCAAGUAAAUAAUAGAAGCAUUUAGAAAAGUUGCAAACAAAAAAUGGCACAAGUAAAGGCAACGCAGCCGAAAUUCUUGUCCCCCAUCGAUGGCAGCCCCGCAUCCCCCUCCAGCGGAGCAGUCGCUGGAAAUACAAACAGUUAUGUUGCUACCGCCAGCGGAAAUCCAUUUGAGACUUUGGAGGAGGAGGAAAUCUUCAGCAAACGCAAAAUGACAUUAAAUGUGCCCAGCAACAGCAGCGGCGACUUGCAGCAUUUAGUUGUCGCUAAAAACUGGCUUGUCUGUCUGCUGACUGCACAGGGUCGUUAUCACCUGCUGCGCUUCUUUUUGCCGAGGGCAAUUCCACCAGGGCAGCUUGCGUUGGAGAAAUAUCUGACUGGCUAUAAGAUCAGCAACAUUUUCCUGGACCCAACGGGCCAUCAUCUGAUUAUAUCGCUAUUGCCGAAAUCCGCCGGAGUCUCCGCCGAUUUCCUGUACGUGCACUGCACGGAGACACCGAAGGCACAGCAAUUGAAAGUGCGCCGAAUUGAGAAGUUCAAGGAUCACGAGAUCACCGCAGUUGCCUUUAACACGUAUCACGGCAAUGAGUCGACGACCGGAUCCGUCCUAUUGGGCACCAGUCGAGGAUUGAUCUUUGAGACGGAACUGGGGGCAACGAUCGAUACACAGCGGAAGCAACUCUAUGAUCUGGGAUUGGGUCUCACCAAAUAUCCGAUCAAUGGACUCGAAGUGCUCCGAGUGCCCAACAGCAAUCGCUGGAUAAUCGUUUCUGCCACUCCUGAUGUCAUUUACUCCUUCGAGGGCACUCUCCGGCCGGAGGAGCGCUCUCUCCAGCCCCUCUUCACCAGCUAUGUGAAUGGCGAACGGGAACCCAACUGUGAAAAACAAAUGACGGACUUAUCCUACUCCAUGCUCCGAUUCUUCGCCCCUCCCAAUAGCAAAUAUCCUAAACAGUGGGCGUGGCUCUGUGGUGCUGGAAUCCGUAUAGGCGAGCUGUCAAUAGAUGCGAAUAGUAAUGCCACACUUUUGGGUGAUACAUUAAUUAAUCUGGAUUUCGAGAAAGUCAAACAUCUGUCCUACGAGGAGCGACGUAUAAAUGUUCCCAAGUCAUUUGUGCUUACGGAAUAUCAUGCCGUACUGCUCUACGCGGAUCAUAUUAAGGCUGUGUGUCUGCUUAAUCAGGAACAAGUCUAUCAUGAAGUAUUUGACGAAGUGCGAGUUGGAAAACUCUUGAAUAUAGAGCGCGAUGUCGCUACCGGAUCUAUAUAUGUUUACACGGAUAAAGCCAUGUUCACACUGAAAAUCACACGAGAGGAGCGGAACAUUUGGCGGAUCUAUUUAAAUAAGGGUCAGUAUGAAUUGGCUACGGCACAUGCAGCCGAAGUUCCGGAAAAUCUGCAAUUGGUGCUGGCCCAACGGGCAGAUGCGGCCUUUAAGGACGGAGCCUACGAAGUAGCCGCCAAUUAUUAUGCGGAAACCGAAGAGACCUUUGAGAAAGUGUGCCUGAAAUUCAUGAUCCUGACAGAUAAACGCCCGAUCAUUAACUAUGUUAUGAAACGAUUAAGCAAAUUAACGAUGGGAGGAGUUGAAACCACGACGGGGACGGGGAAUGUGGCGGCGAAUACGGAGGAAAAUCAGGAAGCGGAUGCGGUUAAAUCGGGAAUCGUUAAGGCGUUGAUCAUCUGGCUGAUCGAUCUGUAUCUGACGCAAAUUAAUUUGCCUGGCAAGGAUAAAGCAUGGCGUGAAUCCUGGCAGUUGGAGUACGACGAAUUCAUGCAUGAACCAGCGGUGCUUUCAUGCACAAGUCGGCACCGCACUGCAGUGCAACAAUUGAUCGGUCAACAUGCCGAUCCGCAUAAUUUGGCACAAUUUGCGAUAUCGAUAAGUGAUUAUGAGGAGGUGAUUGGACAGCAAUUAAAAGCUGAUCGCUAUGCGGAAGCCUUACAAACAUUAACCAAACAGCGGGAUCUGAAUUUAUACUAUAAAUAUGCACCUCAAUUAAUGGAGCAUCUGCCAAAGCCAACAAUUGAUGCUCUGAUGGCACAGGGAUCCAAACUGGAGGUGGCCAAAGUGGUGCCCACUCUGGUGGUGAUGGAUACAGAGGAGCAGAGGGAACAGGUGAUGCGGUAUCUGGAAUUUGCAGUGUAUAAGUUGAAUACAACCAACGAUGCCAUACAUAAUUUCCUCUUACAUAUCUAUGCUAAAUAUGAGCCAAAGUUGCUGAUGAUAUAUCUGGAGAAUCAAGGACGGGAUGAAUCCUUAGUGCACUAUGACAUACACUAUGCCUUGAAGGUCUGCACCGAACUGAAUGUGAAGGUCGCGUGUGUUUUCUUACAGUGUAUGCUGUGCAUGUGGACAACGGCUGUCGAUUUGGCGCUUCAAUUUGACAUGCAACUGGCAAAGCAGACGGCACAGAAGCCACAGGAUGAGGAGACAAAACGUAUUCUAUGGCUACGAAUUGCCUAUCAUGAUAUUAAGGGCACCAAUGAUGUGAAAAAGGCGCUGAGUCUGCUGGAUGAAUGCAAAUUGUUGCGUAUUGAGGAUCUCUUACCAUUCUUCUCCGACUUUGAGAAGAUUGAUAACUUCAAGGAGGCCAUUUGCAAAGCACUACAAGAAUACAAUGAACGCAUACAGUCGCUGCAUAAAGAGAUGUCCGAGUCCAGAGAACACUCGGAAGUUGUCUGCAAGGAACUGCGUCAAUUAAGGUCACAUAAUAUUGGAAUCGAGUCAUCGAGUGUGUGUGACAUCUGUGAUUUGAUACUGCUGGCUAAGCCAUUUUUUGUGUUCAUUUGUGGCCAUAAGUUCCAUAGUGACUGCUUGGAGAAACAGGUGAUUCCCAUAUUAAGCAAAGAACGAAGUCGAUUAACAAUGCUAAAACAGGAAAUGGAGACUUUAAUGGCACAGACAAUCGCAUUAGCGACUCACACACCUGAACAGCAGAAAAAACGAUCCGAUCUCAAGACGGAAAUCGAGGAAAUACUCGCUGCCGAUUGCUUCUACUGUGGUCUCUUAAUCGAGACCAUUGAUCAGCCUUUUGUGGACGACUGGGAUCAAGUGAAUGUCGAGUGGGAAUAGCAGAUAACAUACUAUACAAUGUAAAUAUUUAGAAUUUAUAACAAAUAUGUGUACCAUCUAGAUUUAAUAAUUAUAUUACUCAG